AUGAUUGAUGUUAAACUAAAAACUUCACCUCCACCUACUGUUAAUGAAAAUGAUAGGACAACCAAGGCCAAAUGUCUUCAUAUACUAAAUUUUUCUAAACCUCAUGGACGAACAUUUCAUGUCGCAUGGUUUUCUUUUAUGAUUGCUUUUACUGGAUGGUAUUCCAUAGCACCUUUAAAACCUUAUAUAAAAUCUGAUUUGAAAUUAGAUAGUGAAAUAGCAACUAGUGAUAUACUUGCUGUAUCAGCUAAUGUUAUUUUUCUUGUUACUGCUGGUUUACUUUGUGACGUUAUUGGUCCAAGACGUGUAAUGGCUACUUUCCUUUUAGCUGGUGCUAUACCUGUUGCUCUUGCUUCUCUUAUUCAUAAUGCUGAUGGUCUUUAUGCCAUUCGUUUUUUCAUUGGUGUUCUUGGUGCAUGUUUUGUUCCUUGUCAAUUUUAUACUACUCAAAUGUAUGAAAAAAAUGUUGUUGGAUCUGCUAAUGCUUUUGCCGGUGGUUGGGGAAAUUUAGGGGGUGGUUUUGCAUAUAUAUUAAUGCCUUUAGUGUUUAAUGCUAUAAAUUCAAGUGUUAAUGAUACCAAUAUUUCAUGGCGUCUCGCUAUGAUUAUUCCAGCUGGACUUUGCAUAAUCGCUGGAUUAAUGAAUAUAUUUCUUGCUGAUGACUGUCCAGCUGGUGAUUGGCUUAAACAAAAGAAAAGUUUAGAAAAUGUUGAAGUUAAAGAAGUUCUCGAAGCUAGUGCUAAAAAGAAAAUAGAUGCUUAUGUUAACAAUUCUGAACAAUUUGAAUCUACAAAAAAAGGAAAAUUUACUGAAUUAUCAAGAGCAUUUUCCAAUCCAUAUGUCUUAAUCAUGAUGAUGCAAUAUGCUUGUACUUUUGGUGUUGAAUUGGCCAUUGAUAAUGUUAUUGGUACCUUUUUUAUUACUCAAUUUGGCCUUGAAAAUACAAGUGGUAAUUUUAUUGGUGCAGUUUUCGGUCUUAUGAAUCUUUUCUCUCGAGCUACCGGUGGAAUAGUAUCUGAUUAUGCAAACAAAAAACUUGGAAUACGUGGCCGUUUAGUGUCUCAAAUUAGUGUUCUAUUACUUGAGGGCAUUUUCUUAAUAAUUUUCCGAUUUUCGAUUAAUAGUUUGACUUCAGCUAUUGUUGUUAUGAUCAUCUUUAGUUUCUUCACUCAGGCAGGUUGUGGUACAACAUACAGCAUAGCACCAUAUAUAGACCCCCCAAUAUAUGGUACUAUUGCAGGAUUAAUAGGAACAGGUGGUACUUUAGGCGGUUUGAUGUUUAAUUCAAUAUUCGCACAUUUUAGAUCUUCAAUCCCAGAAGGAUUCUUGGUAACUGGAAUAAUAGUUACCGUUCUCUCAUUGACCACUUUCCUUCUGAAAGUUUCAGGCGAAAAGAUAAUACCAAUAAAAAGAUUAAAGUAA